AUUCAAUCCGAUUGAUCUGACCUAAAUUGAUCCAAUCCAAUAAAAAAUUGAAUCAAAUCGAUAUAAAAUUAGAAAGAAUCCAUGGAGAGGAACAGUUUCAGCAACAACUUGAAAGAGCAUAGUUUAGAGGGAACCAAAACCAUGAGAGAAAAGGAAAGCAACAAGAACCUCAACAGAUCAUCUAAAGAUCAUCCUCGGAGCAGUAACAGCAGCCAUGGUCAUGGAGAUCAAGAUUACCUUGGUGGGUUUUCUUGGCCUCCAAGAUCUUACUCUUGCUGCUUCUGCAAAAGGGAAUUCAGAUCCGCUCAGGCUCUGGGUGGCCACAUGAAUGUUCAUAGGAGAGACAGAGCCAGGUUGAGGCAGUCAUCACCUUCUAAUCAUGGUAACUACCCUCUUCUGAAUCUUAGCCUUAACCCUAACCCUAACCCUAAUUUUUCACCAUCCUCCUUCAUUCCCCACCCAUUUCCUACCACAUUACCUUCCUUGGUUUCUCCUCAUGCUUCUUCCUUGUCUUCACCUUCUCCGGUUGCUUCCCCCAGUAAAAUGAAGAGUACUUGGGCUCUAGAAAGAACCCUUAUCGAUCCUUCAACACACAAAACCUCAGACUUAACCAAUAUGAAGGGUGGGAAAUCCUACUCUGAGCUCAAAGACCUUGAUGCUUUCACAGAAGAAGACGAUGAGUGUAAGUUGUUGAAGAAGGAUGAGAGUAUUGUAAGGUUGGACUUGGAGAUUGGUCUCCUCAGUGAUUCCAAGGAGGAUUUGGACUUGGAACUUCGAUUGGGAUACUCUUGAAUGAACUUUUCUGCAGCUUUUAUCAUCAUCAAGACAUAUUUCCAAGUACUGAGGGCAUUAUGUAUUAUGUGAGAUCAUAACAAGCUGCAGUUAUAUAUGCUUUCUCAAUUCAAUCAUGAAGCUUCGGUACUGCACUUUCUUGCAUGCAUAAGAUGUCUUUG